AUGCAGCUCCCGCCCUCAUUGACUGCGGCCCUGCAGUCGGGCAUCGCCAAGCGACGACAGCAAGGCCAAUACUUUGAAAUGAGCCCUCCUGCCACUGAAAUGGGCAUGGUUGAUUUCGGCUGGCGCGAGCCGAUGCCUCGGUGGUUCACCAACGAGGUCACGAAACUGGAGAGACUACUAGCCGACUUCCACCACGGCAAAGAGGCUGUGUUCUUCAACUCAGGAUACGAAGCCAACGUUGGCAUAUAUAGCACCUUGCCUCAACCGGGGGAUGCCAUUAUCCACGAUACCAUGGCCCACGCGAGCAUCCGUGAUGGGAUCCGUUACGGCCGUGUGUCUAUCGUGAAAGCUUUUGCACAUAAUAAUCUCCAGUCGCUAGAUGAUGUGCUUGAAAAGGUUAAGCUCGGCUCGGCCGAUAUUAGCUGCGGGAGAAGAACGGUGUUCGUUGCUCUGGAGUCAUUUUAUAGUAUGGAAGGGGAUAUCUCGCCCAUCCCGGAGAUUCUUUCGCAUGUUAGAUGUGCCCUACCGGCUGGCAAUGGGGUGCUCAUAGUUGAUGAGGCUCACUCGACGGGUAUUGUUGGACCCAACGGCUCAGGAUACAUAUGUCAUUUGGGACUGGAGAAGGAACCCAUCAUUUCAAUGCAGAGCUUUGGCAAAGGCCCCGGUGCCUUGGGUGGUGUGGUCAUUUGCGAUCCUUUGAUCAAAGAAUACAUGGCCAACUUCGCACGAGGCCUGAUGUACUCGACCGGGCCUUCCUUCCCCACAAUCGCCGCCAUCAGAGCUUCGAUCGCCACCCUCAGCAGCGCAGACGGGGAGCAGCGCCGCCAGAGGCUCCGCGCAAACAUCAGAAUCUUCCACCAGCUCAUCCUCAUGCAUCCAUGGCGGCAGGCUCUAUCAAAUUCUGGGGUUCUAAAGUUCCCCUCCAUUGAGCAGACGAAGAACGAUGAGGUGUUCGUGGCCAUCAUCCCCAUCAUCACGGAGCAAGGACAAUGCCACAAAUUACGGCAGAGAUUGCAGGAAUACAGGUUCCGAACCCAUGCAGUCCGAUAUCCCGCCGUCCCAAAGGAGGAAGAGCGUGUCCGCUUGAUGCUGCACGCGGAUAACCAGCCGGACGAGAUCAGAGGCUUUGUGCGUGUGUUGAUGGAAUGGGGCUGGGAAAUGAUGCAGGUUGGGGUCAAGCCGGAGUCUCGACUGUAA